AUGAAUGGAGAUAGACAAUUGGAAGAUGCUCACUACACGGAGACGGGAUUCCCUUAUGCCGCUGCUGCUGCUGCUGCUAGUUACAUGGAUUUUUAUGGUCCUGCGUCUCAGGAGCCUCCGAAUCCCAACUAUGCUCAUGCCGGAACAAUGCAUCCGCAGGACAAUCUGUACUGGAGUAUGAAUACAAAUGCAUACAAGUUUGGAUUUUCAGGAUCAGAUAAUGCUUCUUUCUAUGGUUCUUAUGACUUGAACGAUCAUUUAUCGAGGAUGUCAAUCGGGAGAACGAAUUGGGAGUACCAUCCCAUGGUUAACGUUCAUGUGCCUGAACAAACCGGGGACACGGAUGAGCACUCUGAAGCUGAAGAAUGCAUUGCAAAUGAGCACGAUCCCGACAGUCCUCAGGUAUCCUGGCAAGAUGACAUCGAUCCCGAUACAAUGACCUAUGAGGAACUAGUAGAGCUCGGGGAAGCGGUAGGAACAGAAAGCCGGGGGCUGUCUCAGGAACUCAUAGAAACGCUUCCCACUAGAAAAUAUAAGUUUGGGAGCAUCUUCUCCAGGAAAAGAGCAGGGGAAAGGUGUGUGAUAUGCCAGCUCAAGUACAAGAUUGGGGAGAGGCAAAUGAAUCUGCCGUGCAAGCACGUCUACCAUUCCGAAUGCAUUUCCAAAUGGCUAAGCAUCAACAAGGUUUGCCCGGUGUGCAACAGCGAGGUCUUUGGGGAGCCCAGCUUCCAUUGA